AUGAAACAUGGCAAACAAAAGCUCGCAAACAACAACACAGAUCAUGAUAGCCUGAGCUCUCUGGAUCGGGCCCUUGCCACCCGGCGGGACAUGUUUGGGCGAACGCUUCUGCAUAAUGCGUGCAUUUGUGGAGAUGCCCAGGCUGUUGAGCAACUUUUGGCCAAUCCCCACGUGGAUGUAACGGCGGUGGAGUAUGAGUCAGGUUCCAGCGCCCUUCAUCUGGCUCUAGCUGCGGGCUCUUUGCACUGCGCUCAGCUGCUCAUCAAGCAUUCGCGAGAACUGCUACGACUCAAGGACCGUGACGGCUGUCCUGCUUUCGAAACCGCUCUUUACUACCACAAGUGGCACACAACCGACCCAGGACUGCCUUCCGAGUACUUCAGCUUCGGAUCCAACACAAACCACACGUUGGGAUUUCCGGACUCAGACGACAGACAGACCCCCGAAACCGUCAAGGUACUAAGACCAGCCACUACAGACAUCAGAUCAAGCCUGGCACCUGUCCGGGUGGUGGAUUGCGCCAUUGGAGGCUACCACACUGCAAUUCUCACCUCAGAUGAGACAGCAAACUUGUACGUUUGCGGCGUGAGCUCUCGAGGUCGUCUGGGCUUGGGCCCCCAUGUUUCCACCCAGUUCACACCAACAUUGGUGGCGUCGUUGGCGUCGGAGAAAAUCGUGUCUGUAGGAGUGGGAAAGGAUCACACUGCUUGUGUCACUGCCAAGGGUGUGGUUUACACCUGGGGAUGCAACAGGGACUCGCAGUUAGGCUACCCAACAGGAGGAGCCACAGGAGAGGAGCAACUUCAGAUAUCACCUAGAAGAGUGGGCGGACCGACUCUCAAGAAAGCCCACAUCACCCACGUUACAUGUUCCAACGUCCACACUGUUUGCUGGCGUGAAAACACCUCAGACAUGUACGUGUGGGGUGCUAACAAUGGCCAGAUGGGAGGAAUGGCACCAGGGCAAGAUUGUGCAAUCCCCACCAUGGUGGCUCUUGUGCCUGGAAAGAUUUCGGCUGUCUGUGCCUCUGAUUACUACACGGCCUGUAUUAUCGACGAGUCAUACAUUCAGGUGUACAUGAACGGUGGUCAUUUCAGAGUCUUUUUGCCUGCGCCAGGUGGCACAGCAAGAGAAGAAAGUCAGUCUGGGUUUGAUGUUUUCAAGCCACGGCUGCUGGUGAACAGACCCCAACAGCUGUACGCUUCGGCUGGAGGACCCACUAUUUGCGUUUCUUCUCUUGGACACGUCUACGAGCUUCCGUUGCAGAGGUUUCUCAAUGUCAAGCCUGCCCUCGUGGCUCGACAGAUGCCCGUUACAGCUCUAUGGGUGCCUCGAAGGGACUACAUGGUGGCUACCCACGCUGCUGUUGGUGACGAUGGCUCAGUGAUAAUCUGCACUUCAUCUGGUUCUGCUUGGAAGCGUGAACGAAAGGAAAACAGAUUGGGUGGUGGCACCUUGAAGGAGUACAAGUUUUCGCGUAUUCCAAAGGUGACUAAUGCUUACAGGGUUGCAUGCGAUCCCCUCUUCAGAUCAUUUGCUGCUUUGCGGUAUGCGACUCAGGUGGAUGCCAUCGACGUGGAUAUGGAGUCUUUGGAGUUCGAUGUUGCUGAGCGACAUGCCAUCAACCGCAAGAUGGCAUAUUUCACCCUCGAUGGCGACAAGGAGAGCAGUGAGGAGUUUGAGGACUCGCCCAACCUUGGCGCGCUGAACUGGCUUGUCGAAGCGUUCGAGGGUGUGGUGAGUGGAACUGCACAGCGGACCGGACUUGAAGAGGAGGCUGAGAUGAUGGGUCUGAACCGCUUCGAAGAGACUGUCAUGUACAAGGCCGUCGAGAUGAAUAAGAGUGACCCGCACCGUGGUUAUGACUGUGAGCUGGUUUGUGAGAACUCCACUGUCAAGCUACCUUGCCAUAGCUACAUGCUACGAUCAAGCAAUCUGAAGGCGGCCGUUGCGAAGAACAGUCCUCUCAAGUGUUCGCUCCUUACUCUCGUUAUUUUACACCACUACCUUUACAAUGACAACGUGUUGAGUGUCUGGACACUAAGCGGAGGUUGUUCGAUUCCGCGAGAGUACGUUGAAGCCAAGGCCGAAUUGCUGGCACUUGCCAAGGAGUUUGAACUCUCGUCUCUAGUCUGCAAGCUUUCCUUUGGAGAGACCGCGGACCAGCUUCCUGUGGACAUGGCGAAACUGUUUUCCAGCGAUACGGGUGAUGUUGCCAUUGAAGUUGAUGGUGGACAGAUUCUACAUGCUCAUCGGUUCAUCCUCACUCAACAGAGUGAGUUCUUCCAGUCUUGUUUGUCGGAGCGAUGGAGCGACGAUACCAAGGUUGUGGUUGACUUAUGCCAUCUUCCGGCCGCGUCUGUACGGCUUUGUCUGAGGUUCAUGUAUACUCACAAUUUGGAUUCCCUGUUUGACCAAGUCAGUUCUAAAGUGUCAAGCAAGGAUUUUAUUGCCACGGUGUCUCAGCUCCUGAGUACUGCCGACGAGCUUCUUCUGACACCAUUGAAGGAGUUUUGUGAGCUGAUUCUGAGCGAGCUUGUGACAGUCAAGAACGCAGCUUCUCUGCUUUUCCUCGCCUCUGCUUACAACUGUGACAAGCUGAUGACCUUCAUGUUUAGCUACAUUUGUGUUAACAUGGAGUGUCUUCUUGAAGGAGGCUUCUUGGGUGCAAUCCUAGCUGAUGGAGAGCUUUUUGGUGCUAUUGACCACCACUACCGCGUGAUGACAGGCAGAGAGAUUGUGCUCAAAGAGGUUCCUGAGUCAUCUGCUGUUGUGGGUGUCACUCAGCUCGGAGAGGGCAUUUCUGAAGAUGCUGCUGAGCAGGAGGAGGUGGAAGAGGAAGUGAAGCCAAAGACAUUGGCACUCGCUUCUCGUCCAUCUGGCUGGGUGGAGUCUUUUCUCAGCGAUUUUGAUGGACAUAAUGAACUUCUUUGUCGUGUCGCCCCAGGGUCUGUUCAGGCUCCAGAUGCUGCUGCUGCUCUCACCCCUCAUCGACAGUCUUUUGCUGCUCUCCAUCGCAACUCCAAGAGCGAAGAGACUCGUCCCAGUAUUUCACCAAUGUCUUCUCCUGACUUGCGUGGUCAUAAUCAGACAGAUGACGUGUUUGAAUUCGAGCUGGAUGAAUGCCCCGCCGAACAACGGAAACGUCACGAUAGUCGACACGACGAUAGAAGAUGCAGUCAUAGUGAGUGGAGAGAAGUCAAGACGGGCAGCAGCGUUCGAACUGCUCAGUUCAGCUCCUCUCCUUUCGGGAAAUCUCCCAUGGCUGGAUCACCUCUGUCGGUUUCGCCUAACCACGCUUCUGGUGACCGGCGACGAUCUUCGUUUGCGACUGCAGCGUCAGGUGUUCCUCUGACACCAGGAGAGAUUCGGUUCAAUCUCAAACAGCAGAUUGAAAAAGACUCUGAUGCAGUCUACUGGCCCACUCUAGGUGGUUUGGGUAGCCCUGGUGGAGCUGGAUCUGUGGGAGCUGCGGGCGCCACACCCGGAAGUCACCCCCGAGGCAGUCCAGGACCGUCGGCAACGCCCAGUGGCUCUUCAACCCCUUGGGGCAAGGGAGCUGGAGUGUCCAAUGCCACACCUGGAAGUGCUGGUUCAGCCUCUACCUGGGGCAAUAGCAGCGCCAAUGGCGCAUCAGCCCCGAGCGCUUCCGCCACGAGUGCUGGCUCCGCACUUUCGGAUCUCUUUUCCGUGACACCUCCUUCCAGCAAGCUUUCUCAGAAGGAGCGACGACGUUUGCUGAAACAGCAGCAAGAAGAGACGUUGAUGCGUGCUCAAGAGAAGGAAAAGCAAGCCGCCGAGGGCCCUUGGAAGGUCAAGAAGAAGGCACCUGUUGGUGUCUCUCCUUUUGAGUCCACCUCAAGUCCUGCAUCUUCCAAGACGCCUUCCAAGACUCCUUCUAGAGCACCACCCAGAGCUCCAUCAAGAGCAGGGCUUCCUGGCCCUAAUGUUGGUGUCGGUAUUUCCACUGUUGGCAAUUCCAGUGCUACUGCCACUUCUUCUUUUGCAUCUGACUUUUAUGCCGCCUCGCAGCCUGUUACUGCUCUGUCUCUUGCUGAAAUUCGAGAACGACAGGAGCGAAGCACACAGAAGGCCAAGAAUGUUAAGACAAUUGAGGAAAUUCAGCAGGAGGAGAUGUUCCAAAAGUGGUGGGAUGCGGAAGUUGCACGUAACAAGGGGGAGGAGAGCCGGGGUCCUGAAGGAGGUCCCAGGGGAACCCCCAGCAAGAGCUCCAGGCGUCCUAAUAAGAAGAAGAACAACAACAAGGGGCCUGCUAAUGGGUCUAGCAAUGGAGGAGGGGGUGGAAGCGGGUCUCAGGAUGAUAAUGGCAAGAGACACCGGCCUCGACCACGGGAGCAGAUCAAAGCGUGA